AUGCUCCGUACAGUAUCUGAAAUCGAUCUGACUAAUUCUGGUCGGAUGAGUGCGGUGUUAUUCGUUGAGUGCAGCUCGAGGCAUCCAUUUAGGGCAGAACAGCUGGUGUUUGUUCAAAUGCCAGUGAACAGGCCGGAGAUGCGGACCACAUGGAACCCGUCAAAGAUGGACAACAAGAAGAGCAUCCGUUGCGAUGAUCUACCAACCAACGGUUCUCCUUCAACAGCCACCUAUACCCCUUCCUUCAACAGCGGCUUCCACGGUUCUCAACUCGUACGAAUCCUUCAUCUCUCCUCUCUUCCUCUGCAGCAGCGGGAAGAGCCGGCCAUGGCGCCCAGCAGGAUCCGGAAGGCGCUGGGGGCCGUAAAGGACCAGACGAGCAUCGGGUUGGCGAAGGUGAGCAGCAGCGCCACGUUGUCGGACUUGGACGUGGCCAUCGUGAAGGCGACGCGGCACAACGAACUGCCGGCGAAGGAGAAGCACAUCCUCGAGAUCCUGAGCCUGAUGUGCUACUCCCGGGCCUACGUGGGGGCGUGCGUGUCGUCGCUGUCGCGGCGGCUGGGCAAGACCCGGAGCUGGACGGUGGCCCUCAAGACACUCAUCCUCAUCCACCGUCUGCUCGUGGAGGGCGACCCCGCCUACGAGCGGGAGAUCUUCUUCGCCACCCGUUGCGGCUCCCGGAUGCUCAACAUGUCCCACUUCAGGGACUCCUCCGGCUCCGACGCCUGGGACUUCUCGGCCUUCGUGAGGACGUUCGCGCUCUACUUGGACGAGCGGUUGGACUACAGGAUGCACGGCCGCCGCAAGUGGCGCAGCAGCAGGAGCAACAUCUACGAGGAGGAGGUCGACGAGGAGACCGCUGCUGCCGCUGAGGCGGCGUCCUCGAAGGCUAGCACGCCACUGAAGGAAAUGACGACCGACCACGUCUUCGCCAGGACGCGCCACCUGCAGCACAUGUUGGAGCGCUUCCUCGCAUGCCGGCCCACAGGUGCGGCGAAGCAAAACCGCGUGGUGCACGUCGCGCUUUACCCCCUGGUGAAGGAGAGCUUCCAAAUCUACUACGACCUCUCCGAGAUCAUGAACAUCUUCGUCGACCGCUUCACGGACCUCGAAGUCCCCGACUGCGUCAGCGUCCAUGAGAUCUUCUCCCGCCACGCCAAGCAGCUUGACGAGCUCGAUCUCUUCUACGAUUGGUCGAAGUCCGCCGGCAUCUGUCGCUGCUCCGAGUACCCCGACGUCGUGCGUAUCACCCCCAAGAAGCUCGAGGUAAUCGACGAGUUCAUCCGCGACAAGGCCACCCUCGGCCACGCCAAGCGGCAGCCCAGCCCGGAGCCGGACCCUGCGACGCCUCAGGACGAGUCCCAGUGCGAGAUGGAUGGCAUCAAAGCGUUGCCCCCGCCGGCGGCCGACGCCGAGGGCACGAAGCAGGAGCUUGCGGUCGUUGUCAAGGUCAAGGAUGACUCCUUAGAGAAGAAGAAGGAAGAGGAGGAGGCGGUGGACUUCUUGAACUUGAAGGAAGACGCGAUGACGGGAGAAGAGCACGGGGAGAAGCUGGCGCUGGCGUUGUUCGACGGCGGCCUGUCAGCGGACGCAGCGCCUAAAUGGGAGGCGUUCGUGAACGACGACCCGUCCGACUGGGAGACGACGCUGGUGCAGACGGCAAGCAAUCUGUCGGGCCAGAAAGCGUCGUUCGGCGGCGGCCUCGAGAUGGUGUUACUCGACGGGAUGUACGCGCAGGCGCAGGCGCAGGCCGGGGUGGGGCACGGGUACGUCGUCAGCGGGAGCGCGAGCAGUGUCGCGGGCGACCCGUUCGCGGCAUCGUUGAUGGUGCCGCCGCCGUCCUACGUGCAGAUGUCGGACAUGGAGAAGCAGCAGCGGCUGCUCGAGGAGCAGCAGGUGUGGCAACAAUAUGCCAAGGUUGGGAUGGCCAAGCUGCAGCAUCCUCCUCCCGGUGCAUACGGUAUGAUGGGUGGAUAUGCUCGUCUGCAUUGAGUCAUUUGGGGUGGAGUUGGGUAUUAAUUAGCUCAUGACUUGUCCAUAUUGAGAUGAUGAUGAAUUUUAUGAUACAAAAUUCACAUAAAAUGACAUUAUUAAUUUAAUAUAUAAAAGUCACAUGCUCUACUUAUUUUUGCUGAAAA